AUGCUCAUGACGUAUAGUUCCAGUGAACGUUAUUUAUUGAUUUUUCAUCGUCCAUUCAUUCUUCGUCAUUUCAUUAUUCUUCAUUAUUUACCAAUAAUCAUCUGCAUUUUGUAUCCAUUUGUUUUCUAUAUUGGAAUUAUUUAUAUCUAUCCUUGUAUCAAUUAUUUUGAUUAUACUGUCAAUCUCUGUGGAGGACCAUGUUAUGUAUUCGAUAUUAUACCAAGCACUUUUGAUUUACUUUUUAAUAUUACUGUAUUUGAAACCAUAGCUCUUUUAGGUAAUAUUGUAUUGGUAAGUCGAGUAUUACAUAGAAAACAUCAUAUGAAACAACAAAAUAAAUGGAAGAAAAAUCGACGACUUCUUAUUCAAGUAUUAUCGAUUACUUUGCUACAUAAUAUAGUGUUAGCUCUCAUGGUUAUUUUCAUGUUAAUUCAAUUAUUUUCCACUACUUAUCAGCCAAUAUUGGUAGAUCUUACUUAUAAUGUCCUUCAAUAUGGCGUUUAUAUGGUUCAUUUACUCUGUCCAUUUGUAUCGUUGAUUGGUUUACCAGAAUUGUGGCCACGAUCCGUCUUACGCUUCUUGAGACGUCUUUUAAAUAAUAAUGCAGUGCAACCAACUAUUCAUAUACCACUUAAUACAGACAUCAGAACACUUCAACAAUUAAGAACAAAUUAUACAAGAUGA